AUGGCAUCGCUUUCACAGUCACAGACGACGGCAUUACUUCGGCCAGAAGCAUUCAGAGGGCGACAUUACCCUGAGUGGCAUCCUCCCACCCGCCAUCUAGUCACACCGUUCCUUCGCCCUGACUUUUCACCGAUUCUCCCUGCUGCACCAUCCCCCUUCUUCCUUACCGCGCCACGCAUCCCUGCGAUCGGCGGUUAUGGAAGAAGCCGGCGGGUGGCAGUGUCGUCCAUUCUCACGCGGCAGGAUGGGCAGGCGGACGAAGGAAUGGAUGCGCGGAAGGCGCAAAGGGCAGCGCAGAAGAGCGAGGCGGCGAGCGCGGCGAGGCAGGGAGGCGGCGUGACGGGAAGGGGAGCGCAGAUGAGCGGAAUGCAAGGAGCAGUGGGAAGCGGGGAGCAGGCGGGGGAUGGAAGGGAAACCGCAGUGCAACGGCCAAGUGCGCAGCAUCAGCAGGAUCAACAGCAGCAGCAGCAGCUGGAGCAGGCGGAGGGAGCACGCAAGGCGUCAAGCAGCGUGCGCGCUGUGGAGCGCGUUGCCGCUGCCCGCCAGGGCGGGGCAGCUUCGUGGAGACCUCCCACCUCGCUCACUCGGAUGCCGUCCCUCAACCGAGCCUCGGGCUUCCAGGGGCUAGGGCUAGGCUCGGGCAUUCAGGAGCUAGGCUCGGGCUUUCAGGGGCUAGGCUCGGGCUUUCAGGGGCUAGGUUCGGGCAUUCAGGGACUAGGCUCGGGCAUUCAGGGGCGCGCAUCAGCAGUGCGCAGCAGGCUGCAGGGGGGCGCGAUGGAGGCGGGGAGUCGGAUACAGGGCGGCGCGUACGGCGUGGGCAGCUCCCUCCAGGACACGGCCGCCGUGGUGGGCGGCGUGAUUCAGGGCCGCGCCGUGGAGGUCGGGGGUGCGAUCCAAGGCAAGGCGGUUGCGGUGGGCAGCACGAUACAGGACACGGCAGUAGUGGUGGGGGGUGCGAUCCAAGAUAAGGCAGUGGCAGUGAGCAGCACAAUACAAGACACAGCAGUAGUGGUGGGAGGGGCGAUUCAAGACACGGCAGUGGUGGUAGGCAGCAGGAUUCAGGGCAAAGCGGUGGAGCUGCAGGAGAGAGCGGUGGAGGUGGGUACGAGCAUCCAGGACAGGGCGGUGGAGGUGAGCAGCAGCCUUCAGGACCGCGCGGUGCUGCUGCAGGGCAAGGCCGUGGAGGUGAGCAGCACGCUGCAGGACGUGGUGUCGGAGGUGGGGCAGGUGGUGACUGAGGUGGGUGUGACUAUACAGGAGAAGCAGCAGGAGAUCGCCAAGGUGGUGCAGCACACGGCGGAGGACGUGGAGAGGAGCCUCCCGCCCCCCGCGCAGGGCGCACUGCGCACGGCGGGGUCGGGCGUGCAGGCGGUGGUGAGCGUGGUGGCGCCCGUGCUGGACCGCAUUCCCGUAACGCGCGGGCAGCUGGCGGGCGCGGCCGUGGUGGUGGUGCUGUUCAUCAAGGCCGUGGAGCAGUGGUGGUACCAGUUCCAGCAGGACUCGCGGGGCUCGACACACUUUGACAUCCCGGAGCGCAUCCGCGUGGAGGCGCCGUCGCCCCUGCCACCGCCUGUGCCUGUGGCGUCGACGCGGCAGCAGGUGGACGUGCGGCGCAAGGAGCCCAUGGAGUGGGUCAACAUGCUGCUGCGCAAGGGCUGGCGCGGUGGAUGGGGAGAGCCCUGCACGCCGGUGCCCGUGUUCCGCAUAUACUGCAUGGCCUGGAGCGCUGGAUGGUGGGCAUCGUUCCAGCAGGUCUUCCGAAUCUACCGCACGGGGUUGGAGCGGUGGAUGGUGGGCAUCGUGCAGGCAGGUGGCUGUAAGGCUUGUAAGUUAUGCCCCCACACGCUUCCUCUCCCUCCCCCUCCCCUCCAGGUCUUCCGAAUCUACCGCACGGGGUUGGAGCGGUGGAUGGUGGGCAUCCUGCAGCCGCUCAUCGAUGAGACGCCCAAGCCACGUGGCGUGCAGCGCGUGCGCAUCAAGCAGUUCUUCCUCGGCGACGAGCCGCCCUCCCUGCGCUCCAUUGAGCGCCGCACCUCAAGGCGCGGCAACGACUUGCAGUACCACGUGGGGGUGCGGUACACGGGGGGAAUGCGCAUGCUGCUGGAAGUGCCGGUGGACGUGAGCAUGGGGCUGUCCGCCAUCCCGCUCACCGUGCCCAUCCCCGUGGGCGUGCGCAACUUUGACGUGGACGCGGAGGUGUGGGUGCGCCUGAAGCUGAUCCCCGUGGAGCCGUGGGUGGGCGCGCUCACGUGGGCCUUCGUCUCCAUGCCCAAGGUCAAGCUCACGCUCGCGCCCUUCCGCGUCGUCAACCUCAUGUCUAUUCCAUUCCUCUCAAGGUACCUUCAGGCGCUGCUAACGGAGGAGCUGCCGGCGCGCUUCCUGCGGCCCAACAGCAAGGAGGUGGACCUCCUCAAGGACCGCCCGCUGCCGCCCGACCCCGCCCAGCGCGAGUUCCGUGAGGGGCAGGUGGCGAGCGGCACUCUGGGCUUCGCUGGGGAGCUGCAGGUGACGGUCAUUGCCGCCCAGCGCGUCAUCAACCUGCCCCUCGGCGACAGCGAUCCCUACGUGGUGUUGGAGUUGGGGCAGCAGGUGGCGCGCAGCAAGCGCAACAGCGAGACAUCGCUGGUGGGGCCGGCGGGGUACCCCAUAUGGAACCAGGACUUCGUGCUGCUCGUGCUCGACCCAACCCUGCAGCGCCUCUCCGUCAAGCUCAGGGGCUCGUUGGGGCUCUUCUACGUGGACUUCGGGCACGGCUCGGUGCGCCUGGGCUCCCUGCACGACACGCUGCCAACACACGUGUGGGCUCCGCUGCACAACCCUCCUGUUUCUCGUCUACACUGCCCUCCUGUUUCUCGCCCAUUGCAGGUGCGCCUGGACGCGCUACAGGACACGGUGCCAACGGACGUGUGGGUGCCGAUGCGCCUGCGCCUGCCAGUGGGGCAGAAGGCGUGUGGGCGGGUGAAGAUGCGCCUCACGUACAAGGCGUUCGUGGCGGAGGACGACCACCAGGACGUCGAGACGUUCGACCAGCCCUACAGCGAGGCUGAGAGCGACGGGGAGGGCGCGGAUGCGCUCGCUACAAUUUCUCGCCUCCGGCGGUUUGUUGCUGACGUGGCGGACUCUGCUGCUCCGCCGGAGCUGAUGAGGAUCCUGGAGAAUGUGAGGGUGGGCGAGAUCCCACGUGUCGUUGACCUGGAGCGACUCAGUAGUGACGUGGCGAAGCUGUCUGACCUGGCACGUGCGCUCGAGGUGGCGCUGUUCAAGGACGUCAACCGAUUGGCGGAGCUCCCGAGGCUGUCGGAUCUUCCCAAGAUGAAGGAGUUCUCCGUGCUUGCUGAGCUGGCGAGUAUCCGCGCUGACAUCGAACGGCUGGCGCAGGCGGCCCGUGCGCUGGAGCUGGGCGCUGAGCUGGAGAAGCGCGUGAAGGUGGAUCUGUCGCGGAUCGAUCUGGACCUGUCGUCCGUUGAUCUGCCCAAGUGGGACGAGUGGAUGGCUGUGCCGCGCCGAGCCCUGCCCCAGCCCAAGGACCUGGUGGAGCGCUACCGCCUGCUGCUGCCCGAUGCUGAGUCCCGGCGCCGCCAGCGCGAGCGAGAGGCGCGUGCGGAGGGCGGGGAGGAGGGGCGUGACGAUGAUGGUGAUGAUCCGGAUGGUGGGACCGGAGGGGUGAGGCAGCGGGGAGGUUGGUGGAGAGGUGGGUGGAAUGGGAAACGUGGGGAAGGAGGGCGGAGGAACGAGGGAAAUGGAAGGGGAGGGGCAGGAGGGAAGAGGGAGCGGACGGGUGUUUCAGGGGUGGUGAGACGAGGCAUGACGUUGUGGCGCGGGGAGAGUGGACGAGAGGGCGCGGAGGAGGGGAAGCGGGACAGAGUGGAUGGAGGAGAGGGAGUGAGAGACGGGAGGGAAGGAGGAGGAGGGGGAGACGGGAAGGAAGGAGGAGGAGGAGGGGGAGAAGCAGGAGGAGGGGAGUGGGCAUCAGGGGGGAGGAAGAAGAUACGAAGGGUGACGCCAGCAGUGGUGGCGGAGGGACGGGGCAAGAGUGCCGUGGUGAGGAGAGGGGCAGAGGGGCAGCGGGCGGAAGGGGUGGAGGGGGCGUUUGAGUGGAGGGAGGCGCUUCAGGUGUUUGAGGACGUGUGGGGCAUGAUGGACGGCUCCCCCUCCAUGCAGCCGGGGUCACUCUCGGGCAGACAGAGCACCUCCGUGCCGGAUGCCCCAGUGUGGCGUGGGAGGGCGCGCUCAGAUGCCCUAGCAGGCCAGUUGAGAGCGGAUGCGGAGCAGGAGGGAGGGGUUGGAGAGGGGCGAUAUGGGAAUGGGCGGGCGGGGAUGAGUGAGGAGAGGUUUGAGAGGGUUGAGGGUGAGGGGGGAGGGAAGGUGGAGGGAGACAAGGGGGUCAAUGGGAAUGGCAGAGUGGCACAAGGAAUAGUCACUGCUGAUGUGGAUGAGGAGGGUGCCAGCAUGGCAGCACAUGCAGCUGAGUCAGCAGCGGCGGCCAUGGCAGGACGAGGCAAGGGGUGGAUCUCGCCCUCCCUGCAGUCUGCUGGUGGUGGGGCGAGUGGUGGGCGCGGUGUGGGGCAUAGGGAUGGUGACAGGGGGGGGGAUGGGGAUGAGCAAAAUGCAGGAGGGAAAAGUGGAAGUGGGGCAGUAGCAGGGGUGGAGGGGCGAGGGGUGGAGGAGGAGAAGGGGGCGAGGGGUGGAGGUUCAACAAGGGGAGAGAGGAGGUGGUGGGAGGUGUGGAGGUGA